AUGCUUCGCCGCACCUUUUCCCGCUUCACAUCAAAGCUGAGUAAGGCGUACCCGGUGAUUGAUCACACCUUUGACUGUGUGGUGGUUGGUGCUGGCGGCUCUGGUCUGCGUGCGGCGAUGGGCGUGGCGGCCUCCGGCUACGACGUGGCGUGUGUGUCCAAAUUAUAUCCAUCGCGUUCCCACACCAUCGCCGCGCAGGGAGGCAUUAACGCCGCUCUCGCCAACUGUGAAGAAGAUGACUGGCGCUGGCAUGUCUACGAUACCGUGAAGGGAAGUGAUUGGUUGGGGGAUCAGGAUGCAAUUCAGUAUAUGUGCCAGGAAGCCCCAUGUGUGGUGUCGGAGCUGGAGAGUAUGGGUUUACCAUUUCUGCGUACCAAAGAUGGAUUUAUUUAUCAACGGGCAUUUGGUGGACAAUCAAUUCAUUAUGGUGGGAAACAGGCACGACGAACGUGUGCAGCCUCUGAUCGUACUGGGCAUGCAAUGUUACACACACUCUAUGGACAGUCCUUUCAGUAUGGUGUAAACUUCUUUAACGAGUACUAUUGUCUAGACUUGAUAGUGGAGGAUGGAUGUUGCCGCGGUAUUGUUGCCAUGAGCAUAGACGAUGGAACCAUUCACCGUUUCCGCUCCAAGUACACCAUUCUCGCUACUGGUGGUUAUGGUCGUUGUUGGUUUACCACAACAAGUGCCAAAUCCUGCACAGGUGAUGGAACCGCAAUGGUAGCACGUGCUGGACUUCCAUCUGAAGAUAUGGAGUUUGUGCAAUUCCAUCCUACGGGUAUUUACGGUCCUGGUGUGUUAAUUACAGAAGGAGCACGUGGAGAGGGUGGUUAUUUGGUAAACAGCGAGGGUGAACGAUUUAUGGAGCGUUAUGCACCAAAAGCAAAAGAUUUGGCCUCACGUGAUGUGGUUUCACGGGCAAUUACACUUGAGGUUCUUGCUGGUCGUGGUUGUGGCCCUAAGAAGGAUCACGUCUUAUUACAACUUCAUCAUCUUCCACCAGAGCAAUUACAUGAGAAACUCCCUGGUAUCUCUGAGAGUGCACAUAUCUUUGCUGGUGUAGAUGUGACAAAGGAGUGUAUUCCCAUUGUUCCUACUGUACAUUACUCCAUGGGUGGUGUUCCAACACUGUGGACGGGUGAAGUGGUGGGUCCACGCAAUGGAGAUGAUGACGCCAUUGUUCCUGGACUACUCGCGGCUGGGGAGUGUGCGUGUGCAAGUGUACAUGGGGCUAACAGACUUGGGGCGAACUCUUUACUCGAUAUUGUGGUGUUUGGUAAGUCAUGUGCGAAUACCGUUAUCUUCAAUCUCACCAAGGAGGGUCGUGCCCAACCGGAGAUGCGGGCAGAUGCGGGUGAGAGUGCAAUUGCGGAUCUGGAUCGUAUUCUUCACAAUAAGGGUGAUAUUCCCGUGGCUCGUAUUCGUGAACGCAUGAAGGAAACAAUGGCCCUCUACGCGGCGGUGUUCCGCACAGAGGAGAACUUACUGAAGGGACAAGCCAUUAUUGAGGAGUGCUAUCGGGACUACUCCCACGUACUUGUUCACGAUAAAUCUCCAGUGUGGAAUAGCAAUCUUAUUGAGGCACUGGAACUGCGCAAUUUGCUCACGAAUGCGUUAAUGACCAUCACAGGAGCGGCAGUGCGGCGGGAAUCACGUGGAGCCCACGCCCGCGAUGACUACCCAGAGCGGGAUGAUCACAACUGGAUGAAACACACACUCGCCUAUCUUGACGAUCCAAAUGGAAAGGCUAAACUUGCCUACCGCCGCGUGCAUAAUGAGAUGUUGACAAAUGAACUGGAGAGUAUUCCUCCAGCAAAGCGCGUUUACUAA